UUGGUUCCUCAUCGCAGCUGGAAGCUGGAUUUUGCAGAUUGCAGGCACCAGCGCAGAAAUUCCGAAAAUACGAAAAUCAUAUAUAAAAAAUAAUUAAAAGGUCCCUUUAAAUUUCAAUUUAGUUUGAAAUAUUUUAAACUUCAGAAUGUCGCUGAUGUGCAGAAGCAUUGUGUCAUGCCCUGGCCUGAAGAGAGGGGUCCUGAGCCAGUUCCUUAAGUCGAAUAACUCCAUGGCUCCCCAACUUCGCAGUGUGGUUCUGCGUUCUCAGCCUGCCGCUGGUGGCCCCACCGAGGACUUCUGGAUCAAGAACGAGCGUCUCAAUCGCCCCAUGUCCCCGCACUUGACAAUCUACAAGCCGCAGAUCACCUCGAUGCUCUCCAUCUCGCAUCGUAUCACUGGAAUUGCAGUCUCUGGCUAUAUCUACGGCUUCAGCAUUGGUAUGAUGUGCUUGCCAGCUUCCUUCCCACACUACUGUGCGGCUUUGGCCACCACCAGUCCUGCCUUGUUGGUGACAGCCAAGUUUUUGCUUGCCUUUCCCUUUGCCUAUCACACAUGCAACGGAAUCAGGCACUUGAUGUGGGAUAUGGGCAAGGGUCUGGAAAUUUCGCAGGUGUACAAGACUGGCUACACGAUGCUCGGUGCUGCUUCGUUGCUUACACUUGCUCUUCUUUUCUUGUAAAAAUCUCAAAAACCAAUUUGGUAUAAGGAGACCAAAGCUCUUACAAACUUGUAAUAAGUAUAGAAGAGCUUUGGUUUUCAAAGCAAAAUGUGUAGAUAAUGAUUCAUAAGGUGAAUAAUAAAAUUAUUUAUUGCUAGCAACAA